AUGGAGAGCAGCGCAGCGGCGGCGGCAGCAGGCGGAGGGGCGGCGGCGGAGAAGAUGAAAGUGAUGGUGGCUGUAGACGACAGCGACGAGAGCUUCCAGGCCUUGCAGUGGGUUCUGGAUAACUUGUCACAAAAUUAUCAAUCCAAUUUGCUAAUCACAAUCGUCCACGUCAUCGAACCUCUCUCUCACUUUGUCUACCCUAACCCCGGAGUUCAUGCCGUGUUCCCGACAACCUCAGUCAUACAGUCUGUGAACAAAGCUCAGGAAGAAGAUGCAUCUGCUAUUCUCACUCAUGCACUCGACAUCUGCACUCAGAGAAUGGUUAAAGCAAAGACAUCAAUAGUUGAAGGAGAUCCAAAGGAGAUGAUAUGCAACGUGGCAGAUCAAAUGGGCGUUGACCUCAUCGCUAUAGGUAGUCGUGGACUUGGAAAAGUCAAGAGGGCAUUCAUGGGAAGUGUUAGUGAUUACGUCAUCCACCACGCCAGCUGUCCUGUCCUCGUCAUCAAGCCAUCAGCAGCUAGCUAG